UCCGAGGUGUACGUCCCACAAUCCAGUCCAAAAUUUGCUCACUUUUUUUUUUUGCGUCUUAUCUCUUCCCUUCCGCACCCACGCCACGCGUGUGUUCUUCCCCGCCUCGCGAAAUCCGUCGCCAAACCCCAUAAUCUUAUCGCUAAAUCAAUCGCCACCAGCAUGAUGACCCAGUUACCGUCGUCCCGCAUGGGAACGGCCCUGUUUUUGCCAUAAAAUCCCGGUUUUUUGGAGCUUUCUUUGGGUAGUGCUAGUGUCUCCCGCCCGAGAGCCCGGAGAUUCGAUUCCAGUUUAGCCUGAUUCGAUUGGAUUAGGAUAUAGGCGGGGAUUAGGGGUUGUGGAGUUGGUGAUCCGUGGAAAAAAAUUGGAGCUUGGUUGCAUUUUGUGGGAGGAAUUUGACCGGGUUUGGGAAGAAGAAUUCGGUGAGGAGGUGAUUCUUGCGUGGUUUGCUGGGAGGCUGCUGCUGCUGCUGGGAUGGCGACGCACUUCACACCGUCGCAGGCGCACGCGGCGUCGCAUCACCCGGCGCACCACUCGGCGUCCGCGGCGGCGGCUGCCACGGCCACGGCCACCGCGCGGCUGCACGCGUCGGCGCCGCCGGCCUCGGCGUCGGCCGCCGCGGCGGCGCUGUGCCCGCCGCCCUUCCUCGCGGCGGCGUCACCUUCCGCGGCGUGCCCGCCCGUCCAGAACCCGAUCUUCGUCGGCCCCGGCGCGCCGUGGGUGCAGCCACAGCGCGACGCGACUGCGGCGGCCGCGCUCGGCCCGGAGUUCCGGCGCGCGCGCACCACGAAGACCAUCUCCAAACGCAGCCGCGGUCCUGGCGCACAAUACCGCGGGCGCGCGUCCUCGGCCGCCGCGGGGCGCUGCGUCGACAAGCUGCUCCGCGUGGCGCCUGAAGACCGGCGAGCGCUCGAUGCGGCCCUUUCGUCCUUCCGCGGUGAGCUAGUUGCUCCUGAGGACUACUGCCAGAUCCUUCGGGAGCUCGGCGACAGGGACAAAUCGGCGCUCCGUGCGUUCGAGGUGUUUUAUGCUGCAUUGCCCCUUGUUGGUGGUGGUGCCGUCAACAAAGGCAAACUUCUGACUUCUGCCAUUGGUGCACUAGGCAAGAUGGGCCGGCCAGACCUUGCAAGGAGGGCUUUUGAUACUGGCAUUGCAGGGGGCUAUGGCAACACAGUGUUUGCACACUCUGCACUCAUCUCAGCUUAUGCGAGGAGUGGGCUCGCAACUGAGGCCAUGGGGGUGCUCGAGUCCAUGAAGGGUGUGGGCUUGCAGCCUACCACGGUGUCAUACAAUGCGGUGAUUGAUGCAUGCGGCAAAGGUGGUGUUGACCUUAGGUUCACACUCGGAUAUUUCCGUCAGAUGCUGCAGGAUGGGCUCUGUCCUGACCGCAAGACGUUUAAUUCACUUCUUGCUGCAUGUAGCCGGGCUGGGCAUUUGGAGGACGCUCGUACUGUCUUUGAUGAAAUGAUCCAUCUUGGCAGUGGGCGCGACAUUUACACUUAUAACACAUUUGUCGAUGCAAUUUGCAAGUGUGGCAACAUGGAGCUGGCUAUGCAGGUUGUAUUGGAUAUGGAAGCUAACAAUGUCAAGCCAAAUGUUGUUACAUACAGUACACUUAUGGAUGGAUUCUCCAAACUGGGAAAAUAUGACGAGGCACUCAAGUUGCAUGAAAAGAUGAAGUCUUUGGGAAUUCAAUUGGACCGAGUUUGCUAUAACACCUUGCUGGCUAUAUAUGUGAAGACAGGGAAGUAUGAUGAAAUUGCUACUGUGUGCGAAGAGAUGGAGAAUUUGGGUAUUGAGAAGGAUACUGUUACUUACAAUUCCUUGAUUAAUGGAUAUGGAAAGCAGGGACGCUUGGACAUGGUCUCUUUCCUUGUUCAAGAUAUGCGGGCACAAGGCGUAUCUCCUAGUGUGCUGACAUACUCAACUUUGAUAGAUAUCUAUUCAAAGGCAGGAAUGCACGGAGAUGCAUUUAAUGUCUACUUGGAUUUUAAGGAGUCUGGCCUAAAGGCAGAUGUUGUUCUGUUCAGCUCUUUUAUUGAUACGUUGGCCAAGAAUGGUUUGGUAGAGUGUGCAUUGUCUUUGCUUGAUGAGAUGAUGAAGAUGGGUAUCAAGCCAAAUGUUGUAACCUACAACACAAUUAUCGAUGCAUUUGGGAAGUCUAAGAUACUUACCGAGGAGGAUCCUGAGAUUGGCAACGUGGGAAUUGUUGGGGUUUAUGGUGGCCAGAUUGUAAGGGCUGCUAAUCCAGCAACAACAGGAGGGCGCUCUGCCACGGAUGUUCGGAUGAGGAGGUCCCAGGAUUUAUUUUUCAUUCUGGAAUUAUUUCAGAAGAUGGUCCAGCAGGGUGUACGGCCAAAUGUUGUAACAUUUUCUGCCAUCCUGAAUGCUUGCAGUCGCUGUAAUUGUUUUGAAGAUGCCGCCCUUUUACUGGAACAACUUCGUUUGUUUGAUAACUUUGUCUACGGGGUUGCGUAUGGGCUUUUGAUGGGCCAUCGAGAAGUUUGGUCUCAAGCACUGUCCCUCUUUAAUCAGUUGGGACACAUGGAUUCUCCAACAUCUUCUGCCUUUUACAAUGCUCUUACUGACGUGCUAUGGCAUUUUGGCCAGAGGCAAGGAGCCCAGCAAAUUGUGCUCGAAGGGGUAAACCGUCGUGUUUGGGAGAACACAUGGAGUGAGUUCUGCUUGGACCUGCACCUUAUGUCAUGUGGUGCAGCUCAAGCAAUGGUUCAUGCAUGGCUCCUUAAUGUGCGCUCUAUUGUCUUCGAAGGACGAGCUAUGCCUGAAUUUUUAAGCAUUCUCACAGGAUGGGGAAAGCAUAGCAAGAUAGCUGGUGGAAGUACUCUCCGCCGUGUCAUUGAAGCGUUGCUCCUUUCAAUUGGAGCACCGUUUCAGGUUGAGCGCUUUAACAUUGGAAGGUUUGUGUCGCCCAGUGCUGUGGUGGCUGCUUGGUUGAGAGAGUCUGGCACCAUCAACAUCCUCCUCCUCCAGGACAAGCGAGUACAGCAUGCAAACCAGUCUGAUCUGAUACUGAGGUUACAGGCAUUGCAGUUGUAGCCCCUAGUUCUCUUCUCAUCAUUCCUGGUAGUGUUGGGUCUGUAAGCUUCUCACUUUUGUUUUAUUCAUCAUCUGUGUUCAGCAGAUUGUAGUGUAUUAUAGGUUCAGGGAAUAGCCCACUCUGUUAAAUCCCAGUGUUUUAGCCAGAAAUGUAAUGUUGUGAAAUUGGCAGUCUACCUUACAACUCCUUCCAUCAAGAGCAAAAUAGAAUUUCCUCUAA